AUGGUCUGCACCAAGUUAUGGGUGGUCAUCGGGUUACUCCUCCAUGGACUAGAAUAUGCCCCUACCCGAGGGGAGGAUGAUGGGGAAGAUGGGGAAGAUGGGGAAGAUAAAUGUUACGAAGAAGGGGAAUGCAGACUGCUUGGGAAGUUUGACUUGAGAGGCUAUGUAAACGCUGAGAAUGCCAUGCAUGUCAUAGGGGGGAUGUUCCCGAUUCACUUCAGGACCAUACUUGAAGAAGAUCCCACCAGCACCCCACCAAUGUCUCCCCAAUGUGAGGGGUUUAAUUUUCGAGGUUACCGCUGGGUCAAGGCCAUGAUUCAUGCCAUUAAUGACAUUAACAAAAGAGAUGACAUCCUACAGGACAUAAAGCUUGGUUACCAGAUCUAUGACACGUGCUUUACAAUGUCGAAGACAGUUGAGAAUUCCUUGGCAUUCCUCACUGGGCAGAACGAAACCACUCCCGUCUUCCGAUGUAGUUCCGGAGCUCCUCUAGCUGCAGUCGUUGGAGCUGGUGGAUCAACCCUCUCUAUUGCCUCUUCAAGAAUCCUUGGGCUUUACUACUUCCCUCAGGUUGGUUACGCCUCCUCCUCAUUACUUCUCUCCGAUAAGUAUCAGUUCCCAACCUAUCUUCGCACCAUCCCAAGUGAUCAGGUACAAUCUCAAGGCAUGGCAGAUUUGGUGCACCAUUUUGGUUGGAGGUGGAUAGGGACAAUUGCAGCCGAUGAUGAUUACGGGAAAUAUGGUGUCAAAGCUUUUAAAGAAAAGGUGGAGAAUGCCUACACCUGCAUUGCCUUCUCAGAAACAAUCCCCAAAAUAUAUUCCCGGACUAAGCUCCUGUCAGUUGUUGAUAUUGUCAGUAAAACCAAUGCCACAGUCAUUGUGGUCUACUCCUCUGAUAUAGACUUCCAGCCUUUAAUGGAUGAGUUAAUCAUCAGCAACAUCACUGCUAAAACCUGGAUAGCAAGUGAAGCAUGGGUCACAUCAGCGUUAAUUGCUAGGCCUGAAUAUUUCCCAGUUCUAGGUGGAACUAUUGGUUUUGCAGUAAAAAGGGGCGAAAUACCAGGACUCAAAGAAUUUCUCCAAGACAUACACCCAAGUAAAGAUCCAGAUGACGACCUGGCCAUUGAAUUUUGGCAGACCGCAUUCAACUGUACAUGGCCCAACAGCAGUGUCUCGUACAAUACAGACAACAGAAAAAAUGUAACUGGCCAUGAGAAUAUUACAGAUUUUUCUUCAGACCAAUUGUGCACCGGAGAGGAGAAGCUUGAAGACCUUAAUAAUACAUACCUAGAUGUUUCACAACUUAGAAUAACAUAUAACGUCUAUAAGGCUGUGUUUGCUGUUGCUUACGGUCUUGACCAGUUACGCCUCUGUCAUGAGAAAGGACCAUUUGAGCCAGAUGGCACAUGCGCCAGUAUAGAUGACUUUGAACCCUGGCAGUUAAUGUAUUACAUGAAGAACAGAAUGCAAUUUGACGUUCUUGGUGAGCAUGUUAACAUAAAUGACAAAGGAGAUGUAUAUACUCCGUAUGACAUUCUCAACUGGCAAAGGAACGAGAGUGAUGAAAUUGCCUUUGUGAAAGUUGGAACAUUUGACAUGCCUAAUGAUGAUAACAGGGAAUUUCACAUCUAUAAUGAAUCAAUAUUUUGGAACAAUCCAGCAGCAUCACGACCACGCUCCGCAUGUAAUAACAACUGCCAACCUGGCUACCGGAAAGGAAUCCUUCAAGGGAAACCUUCAUGCUGUUAUGACUGUAUAAGAUGUGCAGAAGGCCAGAUCAGUAAUAUUACAGAUGCAAGAGAAUGUUCACCAUGCCCAGAAGAUUACUGGUCCAAUGAGCAGAGGAGUGAAUGUGUGCUUAAGGAGGUGGAAUUUUUGGCUUAUGGAGAUGCUUUAGGAAUGACAUUGAUUGCUCUUUCCAUUUUUGGAGCUUGUGUCGUCCUAUCUGUUACUGGUGUCUACAUCAAACAUAGAAACACAGCUCUUGUGAAGGCAAACGACCGUGAACUGAGCUUCCUCAUUCAAUAUUCUCUUGUUGUCACCUUGUUGACGUCCAUUCUCUUUAUUGGUAAGCCAGAAGACUGGUCAUGCCAGUCCCGCCAGGUGACUCUUGCUUUGGGUUUCUCCCUUUGUUUGUCUUGUGUCUUAGGGAAGACUGUGAUGCUCUUCUUGACACACUUGGCCAAAAAUUCAAAGGUUGCUGAGAAAGUCCGGAUGUGGUUCAAGCCAGUUUUCCAAAAAAUUAUUGUCCUCCUUUCCGUCCUGACGGAAGUGGGCAUUUGCACUGCCUACCUCAUCCGUAAUCCUCCCCGUAUGAAUAAAAACACCCAGUUCACAACUCUGAAAAUCAUCUUUGAAUGUGAUGAGGGAUCCAUCUUGUACCUGUGUGUGAUGUUUGGGUUUGAUGUCUUUUUGGCCAUCCUUUCCUUCCUCACUGCCUUUGUUUCUCGAAAGCUUCCCAAUAACUUCAAUGAAGCCAAGUUUGUCAGCUUUGGGAUGUUGGUCUUCUUUAUUGUCUGGAUAUCGUUUGUCCCUGCUUAUUUAAGCACAAGAGGGAAGUUCAAAGUGGCUGUGGAGAUAUUUGCAAUUUUGGCCUCCAGCUUUGGCUUGCUAGGGUGCAUAUUUGUCCCAAAAUGUUACAUUAUUUUAUUGAAACCUGCAAGAAAUACAGAGGAAAUUGUCGGCGGCAGAGCAGCUACAAACGACAAGAGUGCACCACCAACCUCAGCUUCUUGCACCAGUGAAGUUAACAACACUACAGUGUCCACGGUUCUUGAAGAUUAGAAGUGUUUAACUGUUGCUUGUGAAAAUUUUAUUAGUUUUAAUGCACUUUUUGCCUCCCCUAUUCCCAGGGAAGGCAGAUGCCUGGUUUCUGUACAAGUCACACUUCCUGCUUCUUAUGGAAAAACAUACCCAAUUGGCUUGCUGGCAAAAUAAUAUGAAACACUUUU